AGAAAAAGAAAACAUUUAAGUUUAACAACUUUCUUGUAAAAUUUACAAGUUGUUCUUUCUGAAUUUUGUUUUUAAGUGCUCAUAAAAUGUUACGUGCCAUGAUAUUGGCGGCAUUAAUUUGUGUCUACUGCGGCACACUGCCUUCAAUGGCAGCCGAGACACAUUCACUUAAUAGACGUCCCACAACAAUAACCACGAAUGUAAUACCACCACCACCACCAUCCACAGCAUCUAAGCCUGAUCAAGUAAUUGAUUCUAACAACAACAAGCUACAUUAUUAUCAUCCAGCCGAGGACAAAAAACCACGAGUUUUAGAAGAAUUCAAUCGUAACUUUGUGGAUGGAAGUUAUGAAUACAAAUAUAUUUUAAGCAAUGGUGUGUCACGCUAUGAAAAAUCCUACUGGAAACCAAUGGGGAAAGGAAAAAAACUAUUGGCUCGCAAGGGUUUCUUUUCACACCCACUAACAAAUCAUAAAUAUUUGACGGUAUUCUAUACAGCUGACGAAAAUGGCUACCAACAAGAUACAGCCAAAUAUACGAAUGCUGUACCAACGUUGCCAAAGCACUUGGAUGUGCCUCAGCUGGUAUUCCCGCAUGAGACAAGCAUGAUAACACCAACAACUACAACGACGACACGUAAACCAAAAACUACUAGAAGAACAACCACAACAACAACAACGACACGUAAACCCAAAACAACUACAACACGAAGACCGGUAGUAAAACCUUCCAAAUUCAACUGGAUUUACUAACACAAACACUCACGGAAUAAUGAAACACAAUGUUUGCUCUCCUUUUGCUUUUUUUUGAUGUAACACAACAACAACAGCAAUAAUAUUAAAAUAAAAUACUCAAACACACAUAAAUGCAACAAAUUCACAGUCAAAACUACCUAUACAUUGACAAACAAACAUGAAAACAGGAAACCGGAUAUAGAAAAAAUUAAAAUGGAAGAAACUAAAGUGAUACCAAGAACAAAUAAUAACAAACAAUGUUGCCAAAAACAACAAUCCAUCGAAGCAUCCUACGAAAACCAUGAAACCAACCCUCAAGCUGUGUGUAUAGAAUUUUCCAUACCAGCCACCAGUUAUAUUAAGUGCCAAAAACAACGUUAACAACAUCCCAUAUUAUGUUCCAAAGCCAUACCAACCAACACCAAUCUGAAAGCAGAGCAACUCUCUCCAUCCUCCAUCCAUCUAACCACUCGUCAUAAUAACACAACUAACUCUAUCAUCCAAACACAAUUCAUUGCUUACCACAGUCAACUUCCUUUUGCACUUCAUAUGACAGACAUUACUCCUGGCUGCCGCUGUUGCUGAUGGUGCUAGGGCUGCUGAUGAUCAGGGCGAUGAUGAUGAUGAUGAUGUAGUAAAAGCGUAUAACUAAAACAGAACUGUCUGAAAACGAAACCAAAACCCUUGAUUUAACAAAGACAUGUUAAGAACACGACUAAGCAGGGCAAGACUUUUGGGGCAGCAAUCUCAGCAGACUUUGGCAGUUCAUUGUGAAGAAUAUAAAUUAAACUUACUUAUGUAUUUUCGUACAACUGUGUUUUAAUUUCAUAUUUUAUUUUAUUUAAAAUGAAUUUAUAAAACUUUUUCGUUGUCUUAUUUCUCUGUCUAAAUUACGUUUCCUUUAAUCUUGACGAGGUUUCUCUUCUGAUUCAAUUAAUAAAUUACACCAGCAUUUGCCAGUUUAAA